GGGGGCAGUCAGGGCACAGGGAGAAGGGGGCAGUUGGAAGGGAUGGAGGUUCUGGGGUGUGUGUCAGGGGAUGGGAAACAGGGGGUUUCACAGUAGAAUUCUCAGGAGGCAACAGACACUUUUGCCAGAGCUUCCAAAGGUGGCUGGAAAACAGUAGAGAUGGGCCCAAGCUGCAAAAAUCAGAUCCAGGUUUGGAUUUCAACACCACAAAACUCAGGCAUGUUCAGCUUUAGGGGUUUUGUUUAGACCACUGCAAAAAUAGGAGUUAUUUGCAAAAUUCAGAUCAAAGCUGGGAUAUGAAUCAUCCUUGGAGUAUUUGGCUCUGGGUGUAUCUUGAAACAGAUUUUGUUAUAUAAGGCUCUGGUUUAGAUGUAUGUGUAGAACAGCUUCAGUGGGAUCCCAUAACAGCUUUAUGGUAACCCCUUACACAAGCCAGCUGAGGGCUAAGAGAGUUGAUUAGUUUAAAAGUCUAGUUUAAAAAUAUACAUCAUGGGGGGGAAAUUACUUACAAAUUUCAACUGCAAUUCAUAACUGUGCUAGAUACUGAAAAUCAUAGACUGAAACAUUGGAAUUACGGUUUAUUACAACGAUCUAUAACCCUCUUAAACCGUCCCUCCCCAACCCCAAUUUCCCCGCUGAUUAUGGAGAUUUAUUAAUAAGCCACUUCAUGUUGAAUGGUCCCUUGAAAUAUGUGUUAACUACUUUUGCUAAAUAAUUCUUCCACCUCCUCUUUAGCUGUGACAUUACAUUUCCCAGACCUGAAGAAGAACUCUGUGUAAGCUCAAAAGCAUGUCUCUGUCACCAACAGAAGUUGAUCCAAUAAAAGAUCUUACUUCUCCCACUUUCUGUCUCUAAAUUCAGCUGACACAUCCAUGAAAGAUGGACAAGAACUGUUUGAAAAUGCACUGCGGUAUACACAGGAGACUCUCUUACUAUCCUGCUUUAGUCAAAGCCUUUACAGAGAGAAGUUAUUUGUGUCUUUGUCUUUGUCAGAGAGAACAUAGAGCCAAAUUCACAUAAGUGGGCACAGCCAAGUCAAUGGAAGUUACACAAGGGCUGGAUUUGACCUAUGGCCUUGAAACUAAUGAGCCAGGCAUGCUGCAGAUUAUUUGGGGUGGGUGUUGGAGACAACCAAUGAGAGCAAUUGGGAGAGCAUGACUAGAAUGUUAUGUUUUUCAUAAUAGCAGUUCCCACCAGUAGGAUUGGGGUGGAGUUUGCCGAUAAAGCGCAGAAAUAAAUGCUGAAACACAGCAUUGGGAGAGUGCACACAGCUUGGAGAAAGGAACAGGAACGUAACAGCUAGAGGGGGAGAAGGACAAUAGGGCAUAGACUUCAAAAUCUCAAGAGAGAUGAUCAAGUCCUUCAAACAGACAUUUUUGUCACUGGAGCUGCAGUCACCCAGGUGGAACUCAGCAGAGAUCGUGGUGCAAGAUUAUGAGCUCCGUCACUAUGAGAUGACCAAAUGGGCUAGCACAGUAAUUAAAGGAGAGACACAAAAGGAGGCACUGCGCCAGGGCUUCUGGAAACUCUUCUACUACAUUCAGGGGAAGAAUGAGAGAGAGGUGAAGAUUGAGAUGACUGUGCCAGUGACGUGCCUGGUGAAAUCUGGUUGCCCAGACUUCAAGGUCUCAUUCUUUGUGCCAUUCGAGCAUCAAGACUCUGUGCCACAGCCCACAGAUCCAGAUGUCUUCAUCGAGGAGCGGAAGGGAGAGGCCAUCUUUGUCAGGUCCUUUGGUGGGUUUGCCUCUCCAGAGAAGUAUGCUGAGGAAGCCCAGGCACUGGCCAGAAUCCUAAAGAAUGUGGGUCAGUCAUUCCAUGAAGACUUCUAUUAUACUGCUGGCUAUGACAGUCCCUUCAAGCUCUUCAACAGGCACAAUGAAGUGUGGUAUUUCAAGAAGUAAUAUGGGAGCAUUGGAUGAAGACAGACCUUGCUUGUGCCUUUGGCUUCCAUGACUUUGUACGUACUGAAGAGAAACUUUACUCAUACAGACUUGUGUAUGUGUUAGCCAGUGUGCAGAGGCCUCCCCAUUCCAUUUUACUUAGAACUAUAGAUCAGACGCUGGCUUCAAAAACCCGUCCCAAAUUUCUGUGCUCCUUAACAUAUCUUCAAGUACAAAAUGCAGAAGGCUGCCUCUGUUUUGAUCAAUUUUAGUCUGUUCAGACCUGCUGCUCUCUCAGGAGUAGCAAGUGUGUCUGCAAAUCCAUUGAACAUAGAGAACAGCCGUGAUGUUAAAGUGUACAAUUUGGGACUAAGUGAUUUAGGAGCUUCUGAAAAAGGUAGAAAAAUCCUCUAAAAGCUGCUGCUCCAACUGCUAUAAUGUGGGAAGGCAAGGCUAUGGUGGUGGACAAAGGCUAGUGCCUUGUCAGUAAGGUGUGAUGCCACUUUCAUCCAAGUGUAGUCACUGUUAUAGAUGCCUGUUUUCUACCAACCAAGGCUUGUUUUAUCCUGUCCUCAACAGUGGGACACCUAUUUUUGGAGCUGUCUGACAGCAGUUGUUAAACCCUGUUAUUUUCAGAGCAGUGACCCAGGCAGGUGGAUGCACACUGGAGGAAGUGACUGGUGGUUGGAAGCUACUGGUGCUAGCAUUAAAUGUACCAGCUUGUGCCACUUGUUACCUUUCAGCCUAAAGAUGAUUAACCAUAUUUGCGCUUAUUAUAAAACAGGUGUUUAAUACCAUACUUUCAGUGUAAAAGAAUCACUCUAGAUGAGGAACUACUGAGAUUUUACAGGUGCCAAAUCUUUCAUUUACACACUAGCCUCUUAAUGACUUUCUCUCUUUAUAAAAUAGUAUGGUGUAGAUCUUUGAAUGUUAUAAACUGCUGUACUUUAAUAGUAAGGAUAGCUUUGUAGAGCGACUUAACCUGUGCAAUGAUAUUUAGAAGCAAAAAAUAAUCAAAUACCUUUUGAUCCUGGGCUGUUUUAUGUGUGAACAGGUGCUGUCAGAAACCACCAGAGGCCAGGGGUGCUGGAAUAAUUUUUAUAGUGGGGGUGGUGAGAGACACUGAACCAAACAGUAAACCCCCUAUGGGAUGGAAACCACUUCAGGUCAGGGGCUGUGAAGGCACCAAUGCCUGGCAAAGAUCUAUUAAAGAUAUGCUGCAUCUCUGCCAGGGCUUGUUGUAGAGUUUCACUCUUGAGGACUGUUGAUUUGCAGCAGCCAAGGGGCCUUGGCUAGAGACUUGAUCAAUAUUAUAGUAGCAGCUGAGUCCGCAGAUCAGGGCUCUAGUGUGCUAGGUAUUGUACACAGGUCUAUGCCAAGGAGUUCUUCAACCAAGUCAAUUUGUCCACAUUAAGUAUAAUCAGUUCAAUUUUGCUUUAGGCCACAGACAUUCUUAAUUCUAUUCAGAUCUACUGCUUUUUCUCACUAAGGGUGGGAUGUGAAUAGAGAUGCCAACUCCUCUGCUAAUCACCUCAGGUUCACUGCUAUGCCCCUCUAUUCCUGUAAUAGCAGUGCUAGUGAGGACACCAGCAGCAUAUACAUUUGCCAAUUGCAGCACAGAGCUGGAAGCUUGAUGUGGAUUGUAACUUUUAAAAGGUACCCAAAUAGUACAUAUACUCAGGGGCAGCUCCAGGCACCAGCAUGCCAAGUGCAUGCCUGGGGCGGCAAGCCAACAGAAGGCACUCUGCCAGUGGCUGGCAUGCCUGCAGAGGGUCUGCUGGUCCCGUGGCUUCAGUGGACCUCCUGCUGGCGCACUGCCAAAUGUGAAGGAUGGGGACCUCCAGCAAGCAAGCUGCCAAAGACAGCCUGCCUGCCAUGCUUGGGACAGUAGAACACCUAGAGCCACCCCUGCAUAUGCUGCUACUGAAGUGAGUCAAGCAUAUCUGUACUUUACCCCUGCAUCCACCCGAAGUUCUUUAGUCACAGCUAGGCUACACUCAAAUGAAACACCACAGUUCAGCACAAAGCCACCAGCUCACUGCUUUGAGAGCAUAAGACCCUCUGUGGCAGAAAACUGAACUAGGCCAGGCUGUAAACUCAUGUUCAGCUAGGCAGAGUCCAGUUAGAUGAGAAGGGUAUUUCAACUCAGUGGUCCUAGGACUAUUCCUUGAGUCUGAGAAAGUUUAGGGCAGGAGUUAAGUGUUUAAAGCUUAAGCCUAUUUCCUUUUCAGUUUUUUUCCUUCUGUACUAAAUUGUAUGGGAAUGUAAAUAAC